AUGGCGCGCGCUGCAGUAAUCCCCCAAUCCCCUGCGAAACGGGUAGCACGAACUUCAACCAAGUCGACAGCUGCUGCCGAUGCAAAGAAGAAAGCCCCCCGAAGGGCAACACCAGCACCCCGAACUGUGCCCUCAGCUCUCGAUGCUGAAUCCGAUGAUGAGCUUGGAUUCAUCACAAGCAAUCCCACGAAACCCACUGCACGUCCUCCUGCUCGUCCAGCUACCAAACCAAAAGUCACUGCGACUGUGACUGCGCGAGGAAGAAAGGCUUCGGAAUCUCUCGCCGAGAAGUCGAAAGCUCUAGGGGAACAAACUGAGGCCACAAAGAAGCGUGUUGGAAGACCGAGGAAAAGCCCCUUGCCCACAGAGGCUGCUGCGACGAAGCCCGAGGUAGCACCUAAAACCAGGGGACGACCAAGAGUGUCAGCAACAGCGAAGGCCCCUGCGACCCGUGAGACGGUGGCCACGAGUAGGCGCACACGAGCGGCUGUUGAUACAGCGAAUGAGACGAAAUUGAACCAAAUUAAGAUUGCGACCAAUUCGACAAUUAUGCGCUCGAAUCUUUUGCGUGGGCCCGCUAAAAAGAAGACAGUGAAGUUCCAGGAUGUCUCGGACUCCGAAGCCGAGGAGCCUGAGAUUCCUGCUGCUGGCCGUCGACGAGUAGCGACCAAGGGCGCGAGCGCCGUCGUUGGCAAGACCGGUCUUGGAGCGGCCCCAGCUCGCAAGCCCGCGACAACCGGUCCUCGUGGAAGGAAGCCAGCUGCAGCGAAGAAGGAUGCGACCCAACCAUUGUCUCCCAAGAAGGCCAAGCAGGUGGCCAAGUCUCUAUCAGCAUACGCAAGCUCCGACGGAGAAGAUGAUGAAUUGAACAUAAUGAAGGACGACACCAAGGAUCCGGUUAGACUUGUUGUUCACUCGCCUGUCAAGCUUGGCUUGGAGAACACUGGACUUAGCUCUCCUGUACGGAGGAUCAACUUUACCCCCAAGAAGGCGUCCAGCUUCAUGGACGAGAAUGGCGAACCGAAACUACCAACCCCCAAACACGGAUCAGACGGCAUCGGACUUAGCUCCCCGGUCAGGAAAAUCAACUUUGCGCCGAACCGCAGCCAGAACGCAGUCGCAGAUAAUGGUCACCUCGCCCUUCCACCUGGCAAUUCAGUUAUUUUCAGUGAUUCUAUGAUCAUGUCUAGCCCUGCGAGACGACCAGCGCCAUCAUCUCCUUUCCAGUUCUCCUUGAGAGAUACCCCGAAUCGUGGGGGCUCCCUCUUCGGGGGCAGUGUGAAUCCGAUUUCCGCACCUGAUUUCACACCGGGACUCACCUCUCCAUUGAAGAUGUCACCUAAGAAGGGCUACUUGGGUGCCUCUUUCUCGCAAUCGCCUUUCAAGGCUUCUACAUCAGCAGCCCCUGCUCGUACACCCUUGUUUCAAAGCCCCGCAAAGAGAAUAGCCUCUCCAUUCAAGAACUCUAUAUUCUCUGCUCAUGCAUCUGUGGGCCCCUCCGAACUCGUGGACAACGAUGGGACCCCUUCUAAGACAGUUGACCUCGCACAAUCCACCACCCCUAAUUCCUCGCUACGGGAAAGCCUGCCCGACGACACGACCUUUGACAAGGACACUGAAAUGGUUGAGGAUGUGGCUCGAGACAUCUUUGGCAUUGAGCUAUCUUCUGAAGGGAAGUCAUCAUCGAUUUCUCCUAUCCAGAAGGAUAUUGCUUCCUCCGAAGUAGCCUCAGACGCAUUCAAUGAUGGAAACACUGAUUCUCUGUCUGCGGAGGUGGAAGCCGAGGCCGAGUCAGAGUCAGAGUCAGACCUGGAUGAAGAUGAAAGUGAAUAUCUUCAAGACAAGGCCCGGCCCGAGUACGAAGAGCCUGAAACAAUUUGCUUCGACGUCAUGGAAGAGGCCAAUAUGGCAACGGAGGACCUUUACGAUCAAGAGCCUGAGGAAGAUUUAGGCCCUGGAGCCAGUGAACAUCUUGAAGACCAGGCUCAGUUUGACCGCGAAGAGGCUGAUACGAUUUGCUUUGACGCCAUGGAAGAUGCCCAAUUCUCAGGUCAUGAUCUUCAUGACCAACAAGCCCAGGAAGCCUCAGACCUAGAAGAAGGCGAUGAUCUCCAAGAUGAGAGCGAAUUUGAGUACGAGGAGCUUGAUACAGUUUGCUUUGACACCCUGGAAGAAGCCCAAUUCGCAGCGCAUGAUAUUCAUCAACAACAAGUUCAGGAAGUCUCAGACCUAGAAGAGGGUGAAGAUGUCCAUGACGAGAAUGAAUUUGAGUAUGAGGAGCUUGAAACAAUUUGCUUUGACGCCAUGGAAGACGCACACCUCGCGGAGAAUGACCUAUAUGAUGAAGAAGUUCAGGCACCAGACUCAGCCAUGGAGGAUACGGAUUAUCCCGAAGACGAGCUGGCGGCACUGGAGCGCGAGAUCGAGGAGGAAGAGUCCCAAGAUCCGACCCCAGUACCCUCUCAAACUAUGGAGAUGCAAGAACUAGACAUGGAAGAGCAACCGAAUGAACUUGCAUCGCCCUCCAGGUCACCAUUCAAAUUGACUUAUGGCGACGAAGCCCAGCCAAUGGUUGACUUGGAAUAUGCCUCGGAAGAUGAACGUGAAUGGCAAGAGGCCAUUCAUCAACCCGAGGAAGAGGAACAAGUGAUGCGCGACGAGAGCGAUGUGGACGACACCGAGUCUAUCAUGGCCGGGCCUGAGUUUGCUACGAUAUCGUCAAACCCUGCUUCGCCACACGAGAACAACCAUGCCGAGGACAUUGAAACCCCGUUCCAAAAGGCGCAAUUGAUUGCUUUACCACAAUCGAGUCCCACGGGCGGUGAAUCUACUCCCUUGGCUUUGAAUUGCCCAGCCAACUCAGAGAAUGAUCAUGACUCCACCCUCGAUGCCAAGAAUGCCAAUAAUGUCAUCAUUGACGCGCCCCUGCAUGAAGAAAAUAGUUGGACGCCAAACACCCAGGUUGACAGUCCUGCGUUCAAGGCAGCAAGUCUCUUCAAUACACCAAGCGUUGCUGAUCAGUACCAAUCCCCUGCUGAGGCUAGCUUAGGUUUUACGCCAUUGGCACAAAAGUUUGGCCGUUGGGAACAAAAUACCCCUUCCCAAGCUAGAUCACUCCGACCACGUCGCCGUGGAGUUUUCUCGUUAGUAGGCCCUUUGGACCGCAACAACACGGAAACUCCGAAUUCUGAAAGUGUGUCAUAUCCUGAGUUGUCAAAGAGCCCUUUGGCGAAAACCCCCUCUUUGUUUGCCGAAUUGCCACUUCAGCCUGAAAGCAAUGAUACUCGCAUAAGCCUUGAGUAUGAACAGACUCCACGGCGAUCUUCCAUCUAUGAAGACCACCAAAUGGUUGACUCGCCGAAAAUAAGCACGGAUAUCUUCGAGGAUCCUGACUCGGAAAUCAUUGAACAGGAGCAUACUUCUGCUGCCGAAGUCCCGCAAGAUCAGGACCAAGAGUUCCAUCUACUCGAUGACAAAGAAAACUGCGGUCCUCCUAUUCUUCCGUCAACCCCAAUGAAGGCUCAGAUCAAACCUGACGAAUUACGCACCAUUCAUACAGUGUCAAAAGUGCCUUUGAAAGCUGAAGGCGACGUAUCACCUCUUAAGGUUUCCCGCAAGAGAGGUCUGUCUCUCUCGAGCACAUCCCCCACUCGGUCUUCUCCUCGUGUUCGCAAGCCCACCUUUAUGGCACUCAAUGAUAGUGUACCCAUUCUGUCUCCCUCCCGGAAAACUCCACGGGUGAGCAGAAGCCCGACACCAAAACGCCGUUCUAUCACAGGUAGACGCAGCAGCGUAAAAGCACCAGUGAUGACUGCGCCCGGUACUCCUAUCGCAACCGCCAGCCCUGCCAAGAAGCCGCGUCGUAGCAUCAGCACUGAACAGAAGGCUCUGCAUGGGGCAGUCGUGCAUGUGGAUGUUCAUACUACCGAGGGUGAGGAUGCCUCCGGUAUCUUUGUGGAGCUUUUGCAGCAAAUGGGCGCCCGAUGUGUGAAAUCCUGGUCCUGGAACCCUCAUUCCAGUCUCUCGCCAUCUGAUGGCGUAGAGCCCAAGGACAUGAGAGUUGGCAUCACCCACGUUGUGUACAAGGAUGGUGGCCUGCGGACUCUGGAGAAAGUCAAGAAGGCAGCGGGUCUUGUCAAGUGUGUUGGGGUCGGUUGGGUCCUCGAUUGUGAACGGGAAAACCAAUGGCUCGAUGAAACCCCGUACGCGGUUGACAGCUCUAUCAUCCCACGUGGCGGUGCCAAGCGCCGCAAGAGUAUGGAGCCUCGUGCACUAAGCAAUGUGAACGGCACACUUGUUCGCAUUUCCGAAUCUCCCGCGCCAUCUGCCGGCGGACGUCGCAGUGGUGUCAACCCGGGUGCCGUUGAGGGUUUCCGCAAGAUUACACCUCCGACCCACCAGCAGCAGAUGCCGUCCACACCCCCACGACAAUCUUCUACUGAUAGCUACCAAUUCCCUGCUACUCCGGGAUACAACUUUGCCAACCUUGAUGCCAUUGGCAUGUCACCCGCUACACCCGGAUUCCUUGGAAAUCGCUCCAAGCUUGUUCAGCAAUCUUGCCCACCAAAGCAGAGCAACCGAGGCCUUUUCCCUAGUGCUAAGCCUGCGAGUAUUGUUCUGGAUGACGGACAAGAUGAGGAAUCCAGGAGACAGCGCCGCUUCCGUAUGGAGGCUGCUAGGCGUAAGAGUCUUGUUUACAAGCCUGCGGUCGCUAGCCCUCUUGUUCCUUGA